CGACGAGGUCACCCGUAUCAUGCAGAAUUUCGCGCUUACUUUUCAGCAGGUCAAUAUCGAGACGCUCCGGCGUAAGGAUGCCGCACCAGAUGACCGAAUAGACCCACGACCGGGGAGCACGAGCACUCCUGCGGACUUCCGAUGAACGGACAGCAAUGACGCAGUCUUCGAGCCCGGCGAUUAAGGCCAAAUGAUACCGACCGAAUAUGCUUUUCGUAGUAGAUUUUAUUAUGUAUUGAAUUAUGUUAAUCGUAAUGUUGCUGGCUCCCCUUGUAGAAGACGAUAAGUGUGAUUAUAUCUGGUAGAGAUGAACAAGAAUGCUUCGACCAUGGAUGCAAGAUGGCUACUUCUUCUAAGUAAUGAAAUGUAAAUAUGAAAGACGC